AUGACCGGACGAGGAAAAGGUAAAGCCCAGGGCACCAAGUCAAAGACUCGUUCUUCCAGGGCAGGUCUACAGUUUCCUGUUGGUCGCAUCCAUCGCCUUCUUCGUAAAGGCAACUACGCUGAACGCGUCGGAGCCGGUGCUCCCGUGUACUUGGCUGCCGUACUUGAGUAUCUGAGUGCUGAGAUCCUCGAGUUAGCAGGAAACGCAGCACGCGACAACAAGAAGUCAAGAAUCAUUCCUCGUCACCUCCAGUUGGCUGUGCGAAAUGACGAAGAAUUAAACAAACUCCUUGCCGGUGUCACCAUCGCUCAAGGCGGUGUUCUUCCCAACAUUCAGGCAGUAUUACUAAAAAAAAGACAGAGAAGAAACAACACUAAGCGACGGCAACAACCAUAAAUACAAACGGCUCUUUUAGGAGCCACCAAGUCUAGAAUAAAGUCAUGACCAAUCACGAUAUAAAUUUGUAAUCUACCCCCCAAAUAGUAUUCGCCGUCUAAGUUUGGGGUUAAUAACUCGAUCGAUACUUAGCCACAAAUAAUUAUGUCUCGCGGAAACUCGCUAUUUCUAUUUGUUUUUGCAUGGUUCCAUGUUGCUAGUUUUGUUCAUAAAUGCGUAUACCAAAGCAUAUUUAGCGCUAUUUCGGCUAUCGCAUGUAAAGAAACAAACAACAGCAACCACAGCAUUGCUUGAAAACUGAAACCAGUCUUAGGUCAGUUUAGCUCGGUGUAACAUGAAUUUAAAGACUGAUGUGAUUAUAUCAUGAAAGUUGAAAUUGCGUUUGCUUUCUAUGCAGGUUUCAUUCGCGCUGUUUCCAACAGGUUUUUAUACGAACUUCGAGGUACAUACCAAGCGACAAUCGAACAACUUUCUGCUCUUUUUAAACGAGUACACAAUUAAUCGCAUUCCUACCAACCGGGAACAAACAUUGCUGCUACUACUGAGCUUGAAAUGUUGUUUUCUUUGCCUAAAAAUUACAAAGAGAUCGUCGUGAUUUCCUUCGGUACACAAGCUGUUUACGUAAAAUAAACUAACACAGUUAUAAACCGUCGUCGGUAACGACACAAACCAGCUUGCUCUCUUAAUUCUGCCACAACAACAACGUACAACAACAGUUUAUUCACUAACUAAUUAAAGACAAAAGCUUUACAGUAUUGUAUGCCCCGCAAAAAGAGCUAUGAGGCUAAUCUAGACGGGAAAAAAAUAAUUUCCCUGUAUAAGUAACGACUGCGCUGCUGUAAAGUCACUAAAAAAGAAAAAACUGGCGUGGACGCACCCAGUAAAUAAAGCGCUGAAUCGAUUUCAGGUGUAUGUUGACUUGUUGAUAUGUAUAUAAACCUUCAGCAAUGAUCGUAAUGAAAACAAAUUCUCUUAUCACGUAUUGGUCAGAGCUUUUCAUACAUUUGUUGGCUCCUAAAAAAGAGCCGUUGGUUUAAGUGUUGAUCAGGGAUUACAGUGUAUUCUAACCCCCAAAACCGUACAGAGUACGUCCUUGUCGUUUCAGAGCGUAUACUACGUCCAUGGCUGUAACGGUCUUACGCUUGGCGUGCUCGGUGUAGGUCACGGCAUCGCGGAUAACGUUCUCAAGGAAAACUUUCAGAACACCGCGUGUCUCCUCGUAGAUCAGUCAGAAAUUCGCUUUACACCCCCCACGGCGAGCGAGACGACGGAUCGCUGGCUUGGUAAUUCCUUGGAUAUUAUCGCGUAG